AUGGCGACAACAGACGCCAUUAUGACCGAGGCUCCCGCCGCCCACCGGGUAGACCGUCGCGCCAACGGCUCUCCGCCCCCUCAGUCCAAGCGUGACAAGCGCCGCCAGAUGCUUGCCGACCGCCUGGCCUCUCUCUCGGAUAAGCUCAACAAGGACAAGGACCAGGUGUUUCGCGAGCAACUGCACAAGAUACAGAUUGAUACAACAUUGGUUAUGAGGGUGGACCCUUACGUUGACCGGCCCUUGGACAACUUUGAGCAAGACCAACAGAGGCUGCACCAGCUUAACGGAGACGCCGAUGGCCAGCCUGGGCCACAGACGCUGCUCGACCGAGCCGGGCCGAGGUUUUCUCAAUGGAUGGAGAACAUCCAAGACUUGGUUGAGGAGCGCGACUACGCCUUGACAAAAUACAAGUUUGACCACGAGAAGAAAACCUCCGAAUACCUCACGACACACGCUUUUAAAGCGGAAACGGCCAACCGAGAGUACCGGGCAUUGUCGCAGACGCUCCGCGACCGAUUGAUCAACGUGAUCCUGAGCAAAAAAUCCCGAUUGAACAAGGAGAAGGAAGCCCUCGAGAUAUCGGACGCCUCGGCCCUGCUACUGCACCCCAACCAGUUUAGCAUCACCAAUCCCGCAAGCCCAGGGGGUGCGCACGGCAAGCGGGCCACGCGGCAAAGGCGAGAGAUUGAGGACAUGACUUUUGAAGGCAAGAAGAGGAAGCGACUGAAUAACAAUAACGAUGACGACGGUUCGCCUGCGCCCCAACGGAGGGUACUGGAUCCCACCGUCACGACGCCGCUCUGGCAGACCGAUCGUCUAGCUACGCGCAAGGCCACGGGCACCGUAUACAGCCUCGACAAGCUAUUCACAGAUAAGGAGCUGGGGAUGGCGUCUAGUGCAGCGACCCUGGCGGCUCGCAAGUACAUCCUUACCCAUAAGCCCAAGCUUGACGAGAACGGCCGGCCGAUCAAGUCCUCGGACAGCAGUGACUCUGGUGCUGGCGACAAUAACGAAGAUGAUUCGGACUCAAUCCCUUCGGCGCCCAUGAUGGAGCGGAAUGUGUCGCAUGCCACUCGCAGCGCCAGAGGAGGCGCUAACAACCCGAACUUUCUCGACGACAAGCUCAUUGGCAUGGAGAUGCUCGCCAAUUUUGACUUCCAGGGUAACUUUGACCGCAUGUUAGCGUCAGACCCAAAAUUACCGCCGACCUUUCCGUCAACCUAUACUAAGGCUAGCAAGCUGGAGUAUAACGUACCAACCAUGCUUAGCUCCGAGGAUUCGCAGAGCGACCUGUUGGUCAUGCAAGCGCUUCGGCAGUACGACGACACGCACGGCGUGGGGUCCAAUUUUUCAGUAGAGAACGGCAGUCGCAAGCUGCUGGAGGCGGCGUCCAUGCCAGCCCAGGAUGCGCGGUUCGUCGCGUACCUCCAGGGAGAACGGCCGUCAGAGAACCAGGUCCGCAAGCAGUUGGGGUUGCCGAUCUUGUCUGAUACCGUCGAACCGGUUAUGUCGGAGCGCGCAGCAACGCCCAAGCCCGGUUAUGGCGGGACGCCCGGCCCAUCGCCAGCUAAGGGGGCGGUGCUUGGAGGCGUGUCUAUGAGCCGACAAUCGAGUGCGAACGGGGUGCCGAUGAGUAGGACGAGUAGUCGUAAAGGGGGACGGGGUGGGCGUGGGGGCUAG